AUGGCGACGGUGACUCGCGCAGCAGGGCAUCUGCUUCUCCUCCGGCCGGCGAUCCAUCCCCGGUACGUCCCACGGCGAGGAAAGGUGCUGAAGGGAGUCCUCAGGGCAGCGCUCGCGGCCUUCUUCCUAGGAGCCGCCGCGGCUGCCGGCGGCGAGAGGUCCCACGCCACCGGAGCACCGGCGGCGUAUCAAGUCUGA